AAAAUAGGUUUUUAAUAAUGGAUUUAGCUAAAUUGCAUAGUUUGUUUUGAUCAUAAAACCUUAAUCAGAAGAGGAUUUGUAACUGAUAUUUACUGUAUGGACAAAGGUAAUAUACUGUCUCGUUCUUACAUUAUAGAAUCAUGAAGCUGGUCAUUUUAACAAUGCUGUUUGGGUUCGGGGUCAUGCAACACAACCCCAACUUUCAACACGGAAGAACAACAAUUGUCCAACUAUUCGAGUGGCGCUGGUCCGACAUUGCUGCUGAGUGUGAGCGCUUCCUAGCUCCUAAAGGGUUUGGUGGUAUUCAGAUUUCUCCUCCAAAUGAACAUAUUGUUCUGAAUGAGCCAUGGCAACCGUGGUGGCAAAGAUAUCAACCUAUAAGUUACAACUUGUGCUCCAGAUCUGGCAACGAAGAGGAAUUUAUAGACAUGGUGACCAGGUGCAACAAUGUUGGGGUAAACAUUUAUGCGGACGUUGUUAUCAAUCAUAUGUCUGGAAGUAGUGGUGGAGAAGGAAAUCAUUCAUCAUGUGGAAGUUGGUUUAGCGCCAGCAAGAAGGACUUUCCAAGUGUUCCAUACUCUGCUUGGGACUUCAAUAGUAACAAAUGCAAAACUAGAAAUGGUGACAUUGAAAACUAUGGAGAUAUUUUUCAGGUACGGGACUGCCAACUGGUCAGUCUUUUGGACCUUGCUUUGGAGAAAGAUUAUGUCAGAAGUAAAGUGGCUGAAUACAUGAACAGGUUGAUUGAUUUAGGUGUCGCUGGAUUCAGAAUGGAUGCCUGCAAACAUAUGUGGCCAGGCGACCUGGAAAAUGUUUAUGGUCAUCUCCACAACCUCAGUUUAAGAUGGUUUCCCAAUGGAUCAAGACCCUUUAUCUUUCAGGAGGUUAUUGAUCUCGGAGGAGAGGCCAUCUCUUAUAGUGAGUACAUACAUCUAGGGAGAGUGACUGAGUUUAAAUAUGGUGCAAAACUUGGAAAUAUCUUUAGAAAAUGGAACGAAGAGAAACUGUUUUAUACAAGGACUUGGGGAGAAGGUUGGGGCUUCAUGUCUGAUGGCAAUGCUGUUGUUUUUGUUGAUAACCACGACAACCAAAGAGGUCAUGGUGCUGGUGGUUCAGCGAUCAUCACUUUCUGGGACUCCAAACUCUACAAGAUGGCCGUCGGCUACAUGCUUGCUCACCCCUAUGGAGUGGCCAGGAUCAUGUCUAGCUACCGCUGGAACCGGAAUUUUGUUAAUGGAAAAGAUCAGAAUGACUGGAUGGGCCCUCCAGCCAACACUAAUGGAUCCACUAAGUCUGUCCCUGUCAACUCUGACCAGACUUGUGGAGAUGGAUGGGUAUGUGAGCACAGAUGGCGUCAGAUCACGAAUAUGGUCAUUUUUCGAAAUGUGGUAAAACAACAGCCACAAAUCAGUUGGUGGGAUAAUCAGAGCAACCAGGUUGCCUUUGGACGUGGUGACCUUGGUUUUAUUGUUUUUAACAAUGAUGACUGGGACCUUGAUGUGACCCUGAACACUGGUAUGUCUGGUGGCACUUACUGUGAUGUCAUUUCGGGUCAGAAGGAUGGCAACAAAUGCACUGGAAAACAGAUCAUUGUUAGCAAAGAUGGAAACGCCCACUUCAAGAUUAGUAACACUGAUGAAGACCCCUUUAUUGCUAUACAUGCAGAAUCCAAGCUUUAAAAAGUAGCAUAGUCUUUGAUCAUAAUGAUAUGUUCAUAGACCAAUCAUUAUACGCAUUAAUCAGCUGCACACUUAAUUAUGAGGUGUAGCAGCAAUUGUAAGAGGUGGAAGUUUUAUAUUCAACUUCUUCACUGGAG